AUGGUUAAUGAAGCUAAAGGAAGUUGUUUAACAUUAGUUUCUGAGUAUGGUAUUGAGGUCAAGGCUGGGGAGCCUGUCAAAGUAACACCUUAUCCUGAAACCAUCAUACAUCUCUCUCAGAUUGUAUUGGGAACUCUUUCUCCUGAAAACAUCCCUCAGUUGCCUUUUGAUUUGGUUUUUGAAAGAGAGGUUGAGCUAUCUCACAACUGGAAAAGUGGGAGUGUCUACUUCUGUGGUUAUAAAAGUCAAUUGCCAGAAGAAGAAUAUCCUUCACCAGUUGCAAAUUGUCUUUUUCCUCUUAUAUAUUUUCUGUCCAUUGUGGUUUUAAAUUCUGUAUUUUCGCUGAAGCACCCUGAGGAAGAUUCAGAAGAUGAAGAGCCAUUCCCAUUGAUGAAUGCAGACAAUGCCUGCCAAGGGAAGGCUAAUGUUUCGAAGCCAGUAGAGCCAAACAAAGAAAUCAAAGCUGAGGAUGAAUCUGACAAUGAUGACGAGUCUGAUGAAGAAGAGCAGGAAGAUUCUGCAUACGAAGAAGGUGAUACCGACGAGGGUUCAAAGGUGUUCAGGAAAUUUCCUUGCAACUCUCAAGUUGUUGAAUCCAACCAGUUAGCCAUUAUCAUAUAUGAACUGAUUUUACAUCAAAUCAGUUUAAGAUAUUUCCCAUCUUAG